AUGUCUGACACAGAAGAUGAUUACAUGUCUGAGGCAAUUCUAAAUGGUUUUACAGAAAAUAUAGAAGAUAUGGCACGUCAAAAACAAUUAGAAAAAGUUUCAUUACCGGAAAAACAAGAACAAAUUAGAAAACAAAUUGAAUCAGAACCUAUACCAGAUGAUAAUAUUGGUUUGAAAUUACUUGUAAAAAUGGGAUAUAAUCCUGAAGAUGAAUGUAGUAAAAAUUUAGGAUUGGGUUUUGUUGAAGAAGAAAAAAAAAAGACAAAAGAGAAAUUUGAUGAGCAAGUGAAACGUACACAUGAACAAAUUAAAAAAAUAGAUACUCUUGUAAAUGAUUUUAGAAAGCGUAGACGUGACUUAAAGAUGUACAAUCUUUGUAUUAGUGAUUUAAGAAAAUGUCAAAGAGUAUGUUACGAAAUGGAUCAAAGAAUGAAUAUAGUAAAACCAAUAAAUGACUACUUCUGGCCACGGCAUAUUAUGAACAUUGAAGAUGAUGAUGAAGCAUUUAGGUUAGAACGUUUGACAGAAGAUGAAUUAUUUGAUUGCUUAGAAAAUAUUAUAUCAUAUCUCAGAGAACAAUUUUUAUACUGUAUAUAUUGUGGAUCUACAUUUGAAGAUAAAGAUGACAUGGAAUCUCAAUGCCCGGGAGUUUCAAGAGAACAACAUGAUUAA